AUGCUCUCUGUACUGUAUCUCACUGUUCUUCUGGCUCUAUAUAUGCUUCCUACAGUCAGUAGUUCCAAUGUGAUAUUCAGAAAUAAUGGCUAUGAAAAUGUAGUUAUUGCAAUCCAUCCUGAAAUACCAGAAAGUGAUGAUAUAAUCACACAAAUACAGGCUAUGAUAAAGGAAUCGUCUUCAUAUUUAUUCAGAGCUACAAAACAGAGAGCAUACUUCAAGGAUGUAAAGAUUCUGAUUCCGAUUACCUGGUCAAACAAAACCGAAUAUAAGAUGCCAACAAGAGAAACAUUUGAUAAUGCUGAUAUAGUCGUUGCAGAGCCAUACCUAAAAUAUGGAGAUGAUCCCUACACUUUGCAGUAUGGAGGAUGUGGGGAAAGAGGCAGAUACAUUCAUUUAACACCAAAUUUCCUUUUGGAUGACACAUUGCUCAAUGUCUAUGGACCAAGAGGAAAUCUGCUGGUCCAUGAAUGGGCUCACCUUCGAUGGGGAGUGUUUGAUGAAUACAAUGUGGACAGACCCUUCUACAUAUCUGGAACUGGAAAUAUUGAAGCAACCAAGUGUUCAUCUGACGUUCUGGGAGUGCUAGCAUGUCAUGGACCUGCUUGCAUAUGCAAAAAGGAUUCAGCCACAGGGCUGCCAGAUGCAGACUGUAUGUUUGUACCUGACAAAGUGCAAAGUGCAACAUCAUCUGUGAUGUAUCUUCAAGGACUAUCUUCUGUAGUAGACUUCUGUGACAACAAAACACACAAUUCUGAAGCUCCGAACUUACAGAAUCGAAUGUGCAAUUAUCGAAGCACAUGGGAUGUGAUCAGCAAUUCAAAAGACCUUAAAGACACCACACCAAUGACUAGUUCUCCACCACUGCCCAUGGUGACACUGCUGCAAGCUGGUGACAGAGUUGUUUGUUUAGUGCUUGAUACCUCUGGAAGUAUGGCCAAUUUUAACCGAAUACAACGGCUGAAACAGGCAGGGGAAGUUUUCUUAAUGCAGAUUAUUGAAACAGGAUCAUAUGCUGGUAUUGUUACCUUUACAUCAUCUGCUUUCAUUAAGAAAGACCUGGUUCUUAUAGAAAGUAAUUAUACACGACAAGAACUUGUAAACUCGCUACCUACAUCAGCUAGUGGUGGAACAAAUAUCUGCAGUGGAGUUCGAAAAGGUUUUGAGGUUUUCAGGCAACAUGAUGGAAGAACAAACGGAAGGGAAAUUGUGUUGCUGACUGAUGGAGAAGACACUGGUAUAAGAAGUUGUUUUACAGAAGUAGAGGACAGUGGUUCCAUUAUUCAUACAAUUUCACUAGGACCACAAGCUGCUAAGGAACUUGAACAGCUGGCAAACAUGACUGGUGGGCUUAAGUACUAUGCCACAGAUAGUCUUGACUCUAAUGGUUUAAUUGAUGCUUUUACUGGAAUAUCAUCUUCAAAUGGUAAUCUGUCCCAACAGUCCAUUCAGCUUGAAAGCAAUGGCCUUACUGUUAAAACAAAAGAAUGGUUUAAUGGCACAGUGUCGAUAGAUAAAUCAGUGGGAAAGGACACUUUUUUUGUGAUCACAUGGCAAACAUCAGAACCAGACAUUUAUGUGUGGGCCCCUAGUGGAAGAAUAUACAUGAUGGCAAACUUUACAAAUGAUGUGACUUUAAAAACAGCUCGCCUUCAAAUACCUGGAAUUGCAGAGACAGGAGACUGGAUUUAUUCAUUCUACAAUAAACACAGCAGCAGCCAGGCUUUUGGCAUCACAGUAACAUCACGAGCAGCAGAUCACAGCGUUCCACCUGUCACUGUUAAUGCCCACAUGAAUGCCGAUACAAGUGUUUAUCCUAAUCCAUUGAUGGUUUUUGCUGAAGUCAGUCAAGGCUUUCUACCUGUUGUUAAAGCAUCUGUAAUAGCUACAAUUGAACCAGAAACAGGCACACCAGUUACCUUGGAACUUCUUGAUAAUGGUGCAGAUCCAGAUGUUGCAAAGAAUGAUGGAGUUUAUUCAAGAUAUUUCACUUCCUUCAAAGGAAAUGGCCGAUAUAGCUUAAAAGUCCGAGUUCAGGGAAAGAAGACAACUAGGUUAGCAAGCCGGAGGCAGAAUCGUGCUUUAUACAUACCAGGAUAUGUUGAGAAUGGUGUGGUCCAGUUUAAUCCAUCAAAGCCACCGGUAGAUGAUGAUGACCUUAAUGUUAAUGUGGGCAGCUUCAGCAGAACAUCUUCAGGGGGAACAUUCUCUGUAGCUGGAGUACCGCCUGGACCACUCCCAGACAAAUUCCCACCCAGUAAAAUUAUUGAUCUUGAAGCUGAAAUAAAAGAAGACACAUUCAUCUUGAUAUGGACUGCACCAGGAAAUGACUAUGAUCUUGGAAAUGCUUCUGAUUAUGAAAUAAGAAUGAGCAAGGACCCUCUGACCCUGAGAAAUAACUUCAGCAGUGCAGAACAAAUUAACACUUCACACAUUAUACCCCUUCCUGCUGGGAACCAAGAAAGCUUUUCCUUCAAACUUGAGGAUGUUGUAACAGAAAAUGGAACUAUUCUCUACUUUGCUGCACGUGCUUUUGAUAAGGCUGGAAACAUGGCAGAUAUAUCUAAUAUUGCACAGGCAGCAAUGAUUAUUCCAAGUGAUCCAGUUAAGCCAGAUGAUCCAGUUAAGCCAGAUGAUCCAGUUAAGCCAGAUGAUCCAACUGAUAACCCUAUUACGGGUAUUAACAUCACAAUGCUUGUCCUGUUAGUUGCAGGAUCCCUAAUUGUGGUACUAAUUAUUGUAAGUGCAGUUGUGUGUGGUGUAAAUAGCAGCAAAAAGAAGAGAGCAUCACACCAAGCUGCCUGAGUGCAAUGAUUAAAUAAUAGGUUUAUUCUAAGUCAUAUUUUGGUUUGUGGCAGCACAGCAUGACAUUGAAACAUGUUGAAACCUAUGUUUGGUAGAAAGAAGCAUUUUCAGAGUUCACCUUAAUUUGUAAUUUUCUAGUUUUAAAACACAGAAUAACUGUCACUUCAUUUAGACUAAUUUCAUUAAUUCAGUGUAUUGAUAUAUUGUAUUUUAAUCCCAUAUUUUGUCUCUUAAAACAUUUUCAUCAUUUUCAUUUAUACUGAAUGUCUACUAAGUGCAGCAAACUGUAACAUGAAACCAUGCAAAAUUAAAGGAAUAUUUUUACAGGUUCUGUACCACAGCUUUGUUCUUCAUCUUAAUAUUUUAAAAGAGUUUAUCAGAAUGCAUAACAAUGGUAUUUAUAGUGCACAUCAGUUUCUGUGAUCUAUAAUUGUAUAACCUGCAAAAUCCAUUUUGUCCAAAAUGACACUAGGAUACUGAUGCAGAAUCUGAAUAUCAUCCCUAUCAGUAUUUAUAACGUGAAAACUUUAUGACUUACUAAUGUACUAUUAGUCUUGAAACCAAUGAGGAUUACAGAAAAUCUUCUACAUAAAGGAUGAAGCCACUUGAACUAGUGUGAAGGCUGUUUCUGAGGUUACCACCACCAGUACUGAGGCUAUGAAUCUUAUUGCUUUUGGCAUCUACUUAUGCUGAAUGUCUUUUCUGAUAUUAUGAAUAAGCAUAUUGGGAAUAUUUAUACUACCUGGCAAUCUUUACUGUAAAUUUUUAUUUCUUACUGUUACCCUGCUGUGGCGACCCCUAACCGGGAAAAGCCGAAAGAAACAACUGUUAACCUGCUGUACUCCAGGGCUGUCUCAAAUUGUUCCAUUUUUGGAUAAGUUCACUAUCCUUUUUUACAAACUUUAAUAAAUAAAAUAAAUCCCAACAUCAUUGCUCUUGACUGGACACACACAGUCUGAAUUUAGGAUUUUUGACUUUAAUAACAGAUUCUGCACUCCUAGCUCAGUCACAGACAGAUCUAUUGCAGCAUUUAUAGUUUUCAAAGAAAGCAAAACAAAGACAGUCUGAAACUGCAGCUCAAUAUAAAUAUAUGAAAAGCACAAAUUAGGAAGCAAUACCAUCAGUUGAUAUCAGUGGCAUUGCAACCCCCGUUUUACAGUAAGCUGCUUAGAAAAGGAAUAUCUUCUAUAGAAAAAUGAAAUGACAAAGUGUAGAAAGUAAAGGAAAAUAAAAUACUUCCAGUGGGCAAUUCUUCUCCUGGGAAAUUUGUAGUGGAUCUCUGGGUCCAUGACUGGAUUUUUUACUUAAGACACUUUCACUGAGCCAUGACAAAGAUCAUCAUUAAACUGAGUGGAUAAAUUUGGUUAGAAAGCCAUCACAUAUCAAACAGUUUGUAUUUAUGUGAUUUUUAUUGUAUAUUUUGUUUUCAUGUCUUUUGGAUUAAUA